AUGGUCCUGAAGAACCAGAAUUUAGAGCACCUUUGUGUGGUCAAAGCCGACUCUGUGCAAGGACUAGAGUUCGAAGUCACCGUUACAGACCUCACCAUUGGCAAGACCGCAGGAUUCCUCAAUCUGAUGAAUCGUCUUGUUGCUUCUAUCAGCCGAGCCAACGUAUCUUCCAAUCUAGUGAUCGACAAGUCAGCAGUCUACGGCGCGAAGUCCAGGACAAUCAAACGAGUCUGUGCUGAAUAUCUCCAGCUGGGAACUCGCAGUCGCGUGGCCGAUGACACUCCCUCCGGCAAUAUACGUGAAUCAGAAUUCUGCAACGAGGGAAUGAUGGACUUCGAGAAUGCGAAGACCGCCGAGCAAGUCCUGGAUGUGAACAUCGAAGGUUUCAACGAACAUGCAGAGCAACUCAAAGUGGUGCAGAUCACAGCGGAGGAGUUGAGAAGAAUGUCGGUUGCCCUGAAAGCUGCAAACGUUGUGCUGGAACAUUGCCUGCUUCGUUCGUUCAUGGUUGAUUUCAUGCGUUCAAUGAGAGCGAACGACGAGGGCCUCCCCGGACUAGCAAGACGCAUGUUCAAGGUGGCCUUGGCCUUGAAUCAACAUCGACAUCUAUCGAGAGGGACAUUGAGUGUCCUGAAGAGAUCCUCGCCGCAACGGUGGAUCAAGAAACGUUGGCCGUGA